AUGGAGGAUAACAAGAUGCUCGUGGGAAUUGAGGAAGAUCUGAUGCAGCUCAAGGAUCGGCUGACCCGUAUGGAGAAGAAGCGGGAGAUCGUCCCCAUCGUUGGUAUGGGUGGAGUAGGUAAAACCACUCUCGCUCGAAAGCUUUAUGAAGAUAAAUUGAUUGUUGAAUACUUUCAUUGUCGUGCUUGGACCACAAUCUCACAAGAUUACAAUCUGCCACAAAUUCUCUUAAGCCUUCUUAGUUGCAUAACUGAAAAAGAAUGUGGUCAAAGUAAUGAUGAGUUGAAAGAUAUGUUAUAUAAGAGUUUGUACGGUAGAAAGUACUUGAUUGUAUUAGAUGAUAUAUGGAGCACCAAAUUCUGGGAUGAGAUAAGGAUGUACUUUCCGGAUAACAACAAUGGGAGUCGCAUUGUGAUCACCACUAGGGAAUAUGAUGUGGCGAACUAUGCAGACUCUUUGAGUUCACAUCAUCAUGUGCAGUUGCUUGGCAAGUCUGAAAGUUGGAAUCUGCUUUGCCAACUUGUGUUUGGAGAAGAAGAGUGCCCUCCUGAAUUGCAAGACAUUGGUCGAAAGAUUGCUAGCGAUUGUGGGGGUCUUCCUCUAGCCAUCAGUGUGAUUGGAGGGCUGCUAUCUAACAUGGAAAGAUCAAAAGAUGUAUGGAGGAAAAUUGGGGACAAUGUAAUAGCAGCAAUUGCUGAAUCGAACGAGCAAUGCUAUAGUAUAUUGUCUUUAAGUUAUAACCACUUGCCGAAUCACUUGAAACCAUGUUUCUUAUACAUGGGAGCUUACCCUGAAGACUACGAGAUUAAAGGCUCCAGACUUGUAUGUUUGUGGGUGGCAGAAGGAUUUGUAAAAUCAAACGGGGAAAGAAGUUUGGAGGAAGAGGCUGAGGAUUGGCUAGAGUCUCUAGUAGAUAGAAAUCUAUUUAUGGUUAGAAAAUAUAAAAGGAAUGGAAAACCAAAAAGUUACAGCAUGCAUGAUAUGUUGAGGGAUAUAUGCAUCCAGAAAUCUGCUGAAGACAUGUUUCUGAAUGCUCCCAACAAGUUCACAUUCUCUAAUUCACGCCUUAUCGGGCUUUAUUUUCCAUCUGGUGCAAUUUCUGCGGCAAGAUUGCUAAGGGUGUUGGACUUAAUGGAUAAUUUCCGUAGUUUCCCAACUGUUAUAUUUGAAUUUGUCAACCUACACUUCCUAGGUGUCAGCUGCGAUUCUAGUAUACCUAGAGGAAUAUCAAGAUUGUGGAAUUUGCAAACCUUGAUCAGUUAUUCUAGUUUUGAUGAGCCAGCUGAGCUAUUGAAGCUCUCCGAGUUAAGAAAUCUGAAGGUGCGUGCAAUUGAGUUGUUAAAAGAUGAGGAAAUGAACUAUAAUGUCCCAAAGAAGCUGCAAAGGAUUUCAUUGUUUAUAGAUAAAAAGGAGUUUCUAUAUCUUGAAGAUUUGAGGAUUGUGCGUUGGAUAGCCGAUGAGACCAAUUUCCCUAGACUCCGCCACCUCCAUUUACAUGAGUGCAAGCAUCUAGAGGAAAUCCCAAGCGGCAUUGGAGAAAUCCCAACACUCCAAUUAAUUGAGUUAAAUAUUGCAGCAAAUCCGCAGUGGCCUCAGCAGAAAGGAUUGUGGAGGAGCAAUCUGACUAUGGAAACGACGAUCUCAAACUUCGCAUUGUAA